AUGAGUAACCACGGCCAAGGAACUACAUGUCCCAGGGUCCACUGCGAGGCGAACGGCUCUCCCGUGGCUGGGGCCUCGCGAGAUUUAGUUAAAUCGCGGAGCGGGAGCGGUCGGAAGGAGCAGUUCCGUCUGGGAGCGGUUACUGCCGCGCCAAUUUUUAUCAGCCGACGCUUUCGCAGACAGACAUUUCUCACCAAGAUGAUGGAUUCUCUCCCUGAAGAUGUUACAAUGCGCACUCUUAUUAAGGGUAUGAUUGCUGAAGAGACUCCGCAGAGCUUAGUACGUGUAGGUAAACGGAGUUUACGAAAAAGCAUUAGUAAUGCUAUGAAGCUCACUGACGUCUCAAUGCAGCAGUCUCCACAUAUGAUUCUCCGUAGUCAAAUGAAAGCAAAAGUCCAAAAAUCUCGGAAACAAACUGCAGCAACAGCUGGAUCAUCAGUGGAGCGUUCAACCAGAAAGAAUUCAUCGGCUUUGAGGAAAACAAAGCGUUUAAAAGCAGUUCCCCAGGAGAACCUCGAUAAUUACACAACGAGAAUACUGCUAAAGAAAUUCAUGCAGAGUGAGCUGGAAUCCUCUUUGAUUAGUGUUUCGAAUUUUAAAAUGAAAAAGUCAGUGAAAAGGAAAUCUCAAACCAAGACUAAAGUGCAGUCUAACAGUGACAGCUUUAAUUUAAGUUCGCCAGCAAAGGAUACAUUAGAGCAGAAUUUGCCUGCCAACCGUAAGAUCCAACCGAAACUCGAUAAUACAACAGAAUCUCAAGAAAAUGAAAAAGUUGAACCGAGUGAAAAGAGCUUAAGACCUCCAGACAUCUCAACAAUAGUUGGAUUAAUCAGUUCUGAUUUCGAAGAAUCCACCACAAAACCAAUUCUUUGUAGAAGACCUAAAAAACGCAAAGUCAUAAAUGAAGAUGACUUUGAAGAGGGAGUCCACAACCAUUUGCAACAAAAUAAAGAACCUGAAGAAAAUGAAAUUGAAAGAUCGGGACCAUUUGAGAAGACUGCAGCAUUGACUGAUAUUUCAGGAAUGGUUGGCUCACUUAAUUUUGGUACUGAUGAAUCUGUGUUGAAUCCGGUUCUGAGUAGAAAACCGAGAAGACUCAAACUCAUUAAUGAAGAAGAUUUUGAAGGAGGGGUGCUUUUCUACCUACAUCAAAUAAAAGAAAAACAACUUGCAGACGUGCAAGAAGCAACCAGCAACAAUACAGGGAAAGAGAAAUCUAUUACAAAUGUACAGCAGGAUGAACGUGGUAUUGCUGAACUGCACACUUCACACCAGCAAACAGUAACUGAUGGGAUGGAGGCUGUUUCAGUCAGGAAUGAAGAAAUGAGAAAUGAAUUUGGCCUGGACAUUGGGCUUGACCUAGAGAAACAGAUGGAGUUAGCAGCAACAGAUAAAGAAGAAUUUGUAAAGACUCCCUUUACAGAAAAAAACAAGACUCCUCGUCUCGUUGAACAAAGGAUCUUGACUGAAACAGACCCUCGGAUGGUGUAUAGAACAGAAAGGCUCACAGAAGAUCGAUGUGAGGGUGACAAGCCAACGGGUCACGAAUUGGAAAAGCCAAAGGAUACCAUACAGAACUUAUCAUUGCAGGAGUCCCCCACACUGCACUACUCUGAGGGGAUGCUAGUUGAUGACAUGCAUGAUAAAACAGUCGAAGAACGUGAAGUGAAUGUUAGAAGAGCUGAAGAUGGUGAAACUGUGGGUAUUUUAACAAAUACUGAAAGAAUGGACUAUGCUGAAGAAGCUGGAAUGAGAGUGGAGGGUGAUAAUGUGGAUAAUGGAAUUGUGGAAGCUGAAGGCCGUGAAAACAUAAAGGAUGCCAAAGUAGUCAGUGAAAGAAUGGGAGAUGUUAAAGCAGAUGAAAUAAUAGAAGGUGCUAAAAUGAAAAGAAUGGAAUCUUUGGGAUUUGACAGUGAAGGAACUGGCCUGGCUAUACUGGAUGGUGAAGUGUCUGGCCUGGCUAGACCGGACAGCGAAGGGUCUGGCGCGCCCGGACUGGACGGCGAAGGGUCUGGCCUGGCUAGACUGGAUGGCAAAGGGUCUGGCCUGGCUAGACUGGAUGGCAAAGGGUCUGGCCUGGCUAGACUGGAUGGCAAAGGGUCUGGCCUGGCUAGACUGGACGGCGAAGGGUCUGGCCUGGCUAGACUGGACGGUGAAGUGUCUGGCCUGGCUAGACUGGACGGCGAAGGGUAUGGCCUGGCUAGACUGGAUGGUGAAGGGUCUGGCCUGGCUAGACUGGACGGCGAAGGGUAUGGCCUGGCUAGACUGGACGGCGAAGUGUCUGGCCUGGCUAGACUGGACAGCGAAGGGUCUGGCGCGCCCGGACUGGACGGCGAAGGGUCUAAACCACCCAGACUGGACAGUGAAGGGUCUGCCCCGGCUAGACUGGACAGUGAAGGAUCUGGCCUGGCUGGACUGGACGGUGAAGGGUCUGGCCUGCCGGAACUGGACGGUGAAAGGUCUGGCCUGGCUAGACUGGACGGCGAAAGGUCUGGCCUGGCUAGACUGGACGGCGAAGGUUUGGCAGUUGGUGAAACAGACACAGAAAAGGUGGAAGAAACUGAUUCUGAUGGAGACAUAGAAUCUGAUGAAAUGGAUGAAGAAGAAGAUGACAGUAAAGUGAGAAGGACUUUCCAACUAAAUGAGAAGGCAUUGAAAUCCUCCCCAUUACUGACCACACCACACUUUUUGAAAAUACUGGGGAGACAGGCACGAAAACCACUCACAAAAGUAAAUGACAAUCCAAAAAGGACAACACAUAAGCGAAAGAAGACAAUUUUGCCAAGCAGCUUUGUAAAGUCUGUAUUUACCCACUAUGCUAAAAUGAGAGUGAAGAAGGAGACGUUUACAGCAGUUGACCGAUGCUUGGAAUUGUAUUUCAAACAGCUCUGUGCAGAUAUGGAUGUUUACAGUAGACAUGCUAAAAGAAGAACCAUUGAAAAAGAAGACUUGGAAUUGCUAAUGAAAAGACAGGGUUUUGUUACUGCCAAGAUGCCUUUGAACGUACUAAUUGAAAAUCACCUACCAAUGGAAUGCAGAGAAAAACUAAUUCCAAUGGCUGUCAGUGGGAGUAAGAUAAUUCCAAAAAAAUAGCCUACAUUGUAAAAGCAUUAUUUCAACCAAUACCUUGCUUUUGUUUGAGAAAUCAAAAACUAUAAAUCUUUGCAAGCAAGUGGAAAUGUUUUUCUUUUGUGAAGAUCAAAUCUAAAGCUAUUUUAUAAACUCUACAAAAUUACAGGAGCUCUGAGACCUUUCCUCUGAAGGGAACGAUGAUAGCACACCUCAGAUUUAAUCUGGGGGUGUAAUCAAAUUUAAAAUGUUACAUGAUUACUAUUUAAAUUUUUUAUAAUACCCUAUCUUUGUGCAGAAGCUUUUAAGACAAGUAUUUUUAAUUUUAAGCUGUCAAAGUGUCAGAGGUAAAAGCAUAAGGCUUAGAUUGAAAUUCUGCUAAGAUAUUCCAGACAUUUUCUAGAUAUCAUCAAGUUGAUGGAUGCUUGUAACCAAUACUUCUGACAUAAGUAUUUUAAAAUUCUCAGAUGAGUUUUAGCAUCAUUUGUUGAUUUAUCAUCUCUCCAGCUCAGCCCAAAUAAUGUAUCUGAGAUCCAACUCCAUACUUCACCUGUGAAUUUAAUCCCUUCCUGCACCAGAUGCUUUGAGAAUUAUUGCAAAUAAAAUAAUGUAAUUGACUUUGUAUUUUGACCUUGUUUAUGGGGAGUAAGUUAUAAAGAUAUGCGGUUAAGCUGCCCACAUAAUGAGAAUAGCUAAAUUUAAAUGUGUGGGUGUUAAAUAUUCAUAAAAUUACUACAGAAGCAAUUUUUAUGGUUUUUAUUGGUAUUGGGUAUCUUAUUUUCUUAUAUUAAAAAACUCCACUUCUAUUCAGGAGUUUUGUGUUCUUAAUUUUCAGUGACCACUGUGACCUCUAUGACCAAUAUUUGUGAGGAUACAAGAAAUUAUGUUGUACAUUUUAUGUAACAUGUAUAAAUAGUUAAGAAAAGCACGUGUCUCAUUUAAGUUCAAAUUAAAAUUUAUUAUUAAAGUACAUGUGUCACCAUAUACAACCCUGAGAUUAGUUUUCUU